AUGCAGCUGGGGACGGGCCCCCCGCCUCCUCCCUGUGGGGACCAGCCCCCCGAGACCACCAGCCCCGAGGCGCCCCCACCCCUGGUGCCGCCGCUGCCCGCUGGGAGCCUGCCCCUGUACCCGCCCUACUUCGAAGGCGCCCCCUUCCCGCACCCGCUGUGGCUGAGGAGCUCGUACCAGCAGUGGGUGCCGCAGCCACCGCCCAGGACCAUCAAGAGGACCCGGCGGCGUCUGUCCCGCAACCGCGACCCCGGCCGGCUCAUCCUGAGCACCAUCCGCCUGCGGCCGCGCCGAGUGCUCUGCGAGAAGUGCAAGAGCACCCUGAGCCCCCCAGAGGCCAGCCCGGGGCCCCCCGCUACCCCCAGGACGCGCAAGAGGCCGGGCAGCGGCUCCAGCAGGCAGCACCACAAGCCCGGGGAGCCGGAGGACGGAGACCGCAUGGCCUCGGCCACCGCGAGGAGGAGCAAGGGGGAGCGGCGGGACGGGGACAGGGCCCCUGCGGAGCCGGUGCCCCGGAGCCCGGUCAUCCGGAUCUCCUACAGCACGCCCCAGGGCAAGGGCGAGGUGGUCAAGAUCCCCUCCCGCGUGCACGGCUCCCUGGAGCCCUUCCUUCCCCCGCAGGCGGCGCCGCCCGGCGGGCCCCCAGCCUCCAUCCCCAAGCUGAAGCUGACGCGGCCCCUGCCUCCCGGCUCCAACCCGCCGCCCCCCAAGAUCCGCCUGAAGCCCCACCACCUGGGGGGCGGCGCGCACGAGCCCCUGUACCGGGCGGAGCUGGUGGAGUCGCUGAACGGCUGUCGCCGGGGCACCCGGGCCGGCGCGCCCACCCUGUCUGCCCACAGCGCUGCCCACGGGCUGGCCGACUUGUCUUCCGGAAGUUCUGGUGAGGACGAUGACGUCGAGAGGUGUCCCCAGGGUAACCAGGGACGUGACGGCUUGGCUUUCCUUGUCAGCUGCCCUAAGAGGGGAGCAGAUUGCACCAGCGAGUCAGUCUGCAGCAGCGACAGCCUGGAUGAGUCCAAAUCGUCCAGCUCGGAGGUGACGUCCCCAGACACGGGGGACCUCUCAUCCGGUGAUGGUGCCUCGGUGCCUUCCUCGUCCAGGGACGCUCGCCAGACAGUCCCGCCCCUCACGGUCAGGCUGCACACGCAGAGCGUCUCUAAGUGCGUUACUGAAGACGGACGGACCGUGGCCGUGGGGGACAUCGUGUGGGGUAAGAUCCAUGGCUUCCCCUGGUGGCCGGCACGUGUCCUUGACAUCAGCCUCGGCCAGAAGGAGGAUGGAGAGCCGUCUUGGCAAGAAGCGAAAGUCUCGUGGUUUGGCUCUCCAACUACGUCGUUCUUGUCUCUUUCAAAACUGUCCCCUUUCUCUGAAUUUUUCAAACUGAGAUUUAACCGUAAGAAGAAGGGGAUGUACCGGAAAGCUAUAACGGAGGCGGCACACGCCGCACGACACGUGGCCCCAGAAAUAAGGGAGCUCUUAACCCAGUUCGAAACGUAACUUUGGUUCCCUGA